AAACACAAAUGACUUCAAAGAAACAAUGUGCCACCAAACCAGCCGAGCCAGAGUUCAACAUGGAUCCCAAUUUUAACUUCAGCUCCAAUAUCCCAGCAGAUGGUGCCUUCAAAGCUGCAAAUCAAGGGUUGCCUAAAUCUGCCAAGAAAGUGGAACCUUCUUCAAGGAAGACAAUGACCAGAGGACCUCUCAACAGAUACAAACUAGAAGCAGAGCUGAAGAGCAAGAAUCAGCUGUUGGAAACAGCCAAACAAGAGCUACACUCCAGACUAACGGAGGCACAGGUCACUAUAAAGGAGUUAAAGGAGAAGAAUGACAGCCUGGUCCAAGAAACUGAGAAGCUCAAGAAAUUCCAGGAUAAUUGCAUGAUGAUUUUGGAAAGCAGGAACAUUGAUCCUGUUACAGGCAGCAACAUUGUGGAGAAGGAGGAGGAGACCCAGGAGUGCCAGAAGCAGACAAUGUUGUUAACUGAGAAGCUCAUAGAAGAAUUGAGGCUAUUUAAUCAAACAGCUGCAAAAGAGAAGGAGGUGCUGCAGACAGCGAUGUCCAAGUGGAAAUCGGCAGAGAAGGAGAGCCACCAGUGCCUGGAGAAGCAUUCCUUCUUUCAAGCUGAACUCAAGGAAUGUUCAACAAUACUGGAUGACCUGGAGCAGCUCCUGUUCAGUAAUCUGUCACACCUCAUUUCUACGUUUGGUGGUCCAAACCCUGUGCCAGUCCCUGCUCCUGGGCGGGGUAUGUUCGGACCGGGGGAGCAGGAAGGGUUGGCUGUAGGCGUGGGACACUCGCACCGCUCGCUGCCCUGCGCCACCGGGGCCGCGCCCGGCCUGUCGCAGCCUGUUCUUACUCGUAGUUUGACCCAAUAA